UUAUUCAGUGAAAAAAUAAGUGGAGCAGAAGGAACAAAGUUAGAUGAGGAAUUUCAAGAGAUGGAAAGGAAAAUUGAUGUUACUAAUAAAGCUGUAACAGAGCUUCUGUCCAAAUCCACAGAGUACCUUCAGCCAAAUCCAGCAUACAGGGCCAAGCUGGGAAUGCUGAACACUAUGUCAAAGAUCAGAGGACAAGUUAAAACCACAGGCUACCCCCAGACAGAGGGACUCCUGGGAGACUGCAUGAUACGGUAUGGCAGAGAGCUGGGCGAUGAGUCUAUGUUUGGCCUGGCACUACUGGAUGCUGGUGAGAGCAUGAAGCAAAUGGCAGAAGUGAAGGACUCUCUUGAUAUUAAUGUCAAACAAAAUUUUAUUGAUCCUCUACAGUUACUGCAAGACAAAGAUUUAAAAGAGAUUGGGCAUCACUUGAAGAAACUGGAAGGGCGCCGCUUGGAUUAUGAUUAUAAAAAGAAGCGUUUUGGAAAGAUACCGGAUGAAGAAGUUAAACAAGCAGUAGAAAAAUUUGAAGAGUCAAAGGAACUGGCUGAAAGAAGCAUGUUCAAUUUCUUAGAAAAUGAUGUAGAACAAGUCAGCCAGUUGGCUGUGUUUGUAGAAGCAGCACUAGAUUACCAUAAACAAUCCACAGAAAUUUUGGAGGAUCUGCAGAGCAAGCUGCAAAACCGAAUAAAUGUAGCAUCUAGUCGGCCUAAGCGUGAAUUUAAGCCAAAGCCUGUAAUAACUACAACUCUGGAAAUUGGUGAUAAUCAGCAGCACAAUGGGAUUGCCUAUAGUUCUUCCAUAAAAUCAUCAGGUUCUUCAGUGCACAUGGAUCAGCCUUGCUGCCAAGCUCUCUAUGACUUUGAGCCAGAAAAUGAAGGCGAGCUUGGGUUUAAGGAAGGGGACAUCAUAACUUUGACCAAUCAAAUUGAUGAGAAUUGGUAUGAGGGGAUGUUAAAUGGAGAGUCUGGCUUCUUCCCCAUUAAUUAUGUUGAAGUGAUAGUUCCCUUGCCUCAGUGAUUGUGUCAUUCAAGCUGUGAACAUGAUUUCAUGACUGAAAUGGAUUCACAAAUGUUCUGUCAGUGUGGCAUUCUGUGAAAGCCUUGCUAUUUGACUGACUUACUGACUUUUGUAUGCGUCUUUUUAAAAUGUAUUUAUUUUAUAUUCAAAAAAACUUCACCUUCCCUGAUUUGUCAACCUGCAAAAAAACCCAUACCCAGUUUUUUUGCUUUGUGCCUUGAAGAUCACUGUAUGGAGUGUUUACUGGUAGCUCACUCUUCUCCAAAAAUGCAUUUCCUUGCUAUUAUUGUAUGUGAAUUUUUUUUAUCUUUGGCUGCAAUGAUUUUACUAUCGCAAACCAUUUUAAAAAUUACUGUUAGUGAAGCUAACUGUAACCAGUUCUUAAGUUACUGAUGUCAUUGAGCUGUUUUCAUCUAUCACACUGUAAUUUAUUGUGGACAAGUUAAUUCAUCUUUUGCAUUGUAUGUUGACAAAAGGCAAAGUGGUUGUUGUCAAUAUUAAGAUGAUGUUGUACUAAGUACAAGUUCUCAGCAUUGAAAAUUGGUAUAAUUUACUGACCAAACUGAAUAAAUAUUUCUGUGGGAUAAGAACAGUGGUUGCUGCUUCUGUACUGGUGGUUCUGGCACUUGUUUGAGCAGGAGGCCACUUUUGCUGAAUAGAUCAGCUUUCAGCAACAAAAACAAUGCUAUAUUAAAAAAAUGCAUUAAUA